GACACCAGGAAGUAACGCCGUUCAAUUGACUACACAAAUGUCGAUAGACAAGGUAGCGAACGCAGGAAUUUUGUGCUUUUUGGAUUUUAUCCUCUAAAAUAUACAGCCCGCGACGACGCACAGGGACGCAGAAAGUCCCUGCGACUCGAUUUUCAUCAUUGCACGGAUAAGCCACCGGUUAAGAUGAUGGACUCUACACUUGCUGAGAUGGGGAACCAUCUCUCUGAUGCCAUGAAGAUUUUGGAAAGUGGGAAACUGGAGAAAGAACAGGUGAAAGAUAAAAGAAAGUUGAGUUGGAAAGACAUCCCGGGACCCUUACAAGGAGAUGGACAGGAUGUUGUAAGCGUACUACAGCUAGUCCAGAACCUGAUGCAUGGAGAAGAUGACCAACAGAGUCAUCGCAGGAUGCAGUAUGUCGGAGAACAGGGACACAUGGCUCUAUUGGGACACAGUCUGGCUGCAUAUAUAUCUAUCCUGGAUCGAGAGAGAAUGAGAAACCUGACCACACGCAUCCUGUCGGAUACCACUCUCUGGCUCUGCAGGAUUUUCAAAUAUGAAAACGGCUCGGCUUACUACCACGAAGAUGAUCGUGAUGGGCUGCUGAAAGUGUGUCGGUUUGUUAUAAACACUCAUUACGAAGACUACGCUACUGAAGGCUUUACUGUGCUCAGCUCUAAACAGCCUGUUAUUUACCAAAGUGCUGCAUGCAGACCUGGCCUGGGACAACAUCUCUGCAGCCAGCUGGGUCUACCUCUGUCAAGUCUUUGUAUUGUGCCCUGUAACACCAUGUUUGGCUCACUACACCAAAUGGAUGUCGCUCUCCUUGACAAGCUCAUUAAAGAUGACCGAGAGGCAGGGAAGCUUCCACUACUGUUGAUAGCGAAUGCUGGAACGCCGGGUGCCGGUCAUACAGACAAACUCAACCGUCUGAAAGAGCUCUGUGCUCAGUACAACAUGUGGCUCCAUGUUGAGGGGGUGAAUUUGGCAACGCUUGCUCUUGGUCAAGCCUCUUCGACUGUCAUGGCGGCCAGCAAAUGUGAUAGUAUGACGUUAACACCAGGACCGUGGUUGGGCCUGCCCGCUGUGCCUGCAGUCACUCUUUACAGACAUGAUGAUCCUGCCCUGUCUCUAGCAGCUGGUCUGACAACCAGCCAACCAGUAGAGAAGUUGCGGGCCCUUCCUCUCUGGCUGUCCCUGCAGUACCUUGGUCAUGAUGGGAUUAUCGAGAAGAUUAGGCAUGCCUCGCAGCUAAGUCAACAGCUGUUGGAGCAUUUAAAGACACUGGCUUCAAUAAAAACCUCGGAUGUGGUGUGUCACUCCCGGGUCCCUCUCAUCUCCGGGGGCUCGCUGCGGGACGUGCUGGGCUCUCUUAUACUCUCUAUUGUGGAGGAUGAACUGAAUUCACCCGUGGUGGUGUUCAGAUUUUCACAGGAAAACCGUACACCAUCAAGUGGCGGCUCAAUAGACGAAUAUUUUUCGCAGGAGAAAGAAAUUCUUGAUGCUCUUAACAGAUGGUUGGGUGAGCAGUUGGCACAGCAGGUGCCUAUCUGUGGUGUGGAUGUGGUGGAACUGGAAGAUGAAGGCACAUGUGUUCGUUUUAACCCCCUCAUGACCGCUGCAGUGCUUGGCACUCAGGAGAAUGAUGUGGCUGCACUGGUGGAGAAGCUGGCGCAGAUGAUUCCUGUGAUGAGUUAUACCAUGCGAUUCAGACAGGAUUUCAAAGAUGAGGUGUUGCAACAAGCUUCACUUUCCUACAUUGAAGACCUGAGCUGGCCCGGUUUAGGAGGUGUGAGGUAUGAGCCCAGAAACACGGACCUUGAUGAAGACAAGAGACAAAAGAGGGUGGAGAGAGUCAACAGUGACUUGCUUAAGAAGCUGAAGGAGCUGGAUACAGACUUGAACUUCUCUACUGGCCCAGAGUUUUGUGAGGAGAAAAAUUGCAUAUUCAUUGAAAUGGCAACGGAAGACCUGGAUGUGGCAGAGUUGGUGGAAACUAUUGUAUGUCUUGGCAGAGACAUAGAGGAAAGUGGAAAGUUAUUUGAGAACAUGACAGAAGUAGUAAGAAAAGGCAUUCAGGAGGCUGAGCUGCAGCUUCAGAAAGCCAAUGAAGAGAAGCUUAUGGAGGAGGGUGUACUUCGACAGAUCCCUGUGGUAAGCUCUGUGCUCAACUGGUUCUCUCCGGUGCAGGCUUCUGUAAAAGGAAGGACUUUCAACCUGGCUGAAGGUUCACUGGACAGCACUGAGCCCGUGUACUCGGUUAAAGCCCAAAUGAAUAAAGAGUCUUCCCCUGAAUCCCCAUCAAGGUCCACUAUCAAACGGUUACCAGGCCAAAAACUUUUCCGCCGUCACGGGGCAGGAUCGGAUUCUAUCAGUGAUACCAGCUCUGUUGGCCAGCUAGAGGAAUCGUUCAGGGAGACGGCACCCAUCCAGGCUGCUGAUGAGGAUGUGGCAGAGGUCCCUCAGGAGCAUCCUUCACACACAGAAGAGGAAACUGCAUCGUCAGAUCAGCGUGUACCCGAGGGUCAAAACACAGAGAGUGUUGAUACACUUAGAUAAGACCAUUCUUAGGUGGAUGUCAGUGCAGUUGAGCGCUGUAUUACAGAGGAAUGUGCAUCUGUGACCUUGAUGCCUUGAGCAAGCCACCUCUAAAAUUAAGGAAUGAAGCAGCUUUAAAUGCAAAAACACUGGAAUUUCCUCACAGUAUGGUUUAAAUAUAUUUCCAAAUUUAACAUUAACUACUUUACUGAUUAAAUAAGCAAUUGCAGAUUUUUAUAUUUUGGUUAAUCUCAAGUGGUCUCCCCAAAAUUCUUAAUGCGCACUGCCACCAUAUCCUUGCUUUAUGGGUGACUUCAGUUUACUUCAGAUUUUGGUUUAGGAUGCUUUCCCUUAUUCCAUCUAUAGUUUUCUGGUAUUCUGCACACUUUAUUUACACAUCGAAUGGGGUGUUUUCGCCUUGCCAUCAUGAUUACUGUUCGGAAACGGUUGACAAAAUGUCAUGUUUGCAAAAAGUUGCUUUAAAGUUGUGAUGUUUAAAGGCUCAUGAAGCUGUUUCUAAUGAAAUGACAGCCUUAUUGCACUUUUAUGUAGAUAAUGUCACACUUUAAUCAGAACAAUGGAAUAUUUAUUUAUUCAUUAAACAAUUCCUUGGAGGACAUUAGGUUACACGUGUAACAUUUGCUAUGUUUAAACUUGCUGUAAUUCCAUUGUAAUUCUACAGAUUUCCAUCCACCACUUUUGGCUUUGAAAUGAUUAUUAUACUGCUCUCACUGUGAAGAAUGUUUCAGAGAUGUUUUUUUGAGUAAUUGUUACAUUUUUGAAUGCUUAUGAAGGUUAAAUCAAUGUUAUGUACCGAAAUGAAGAUUCUUAUAUGUUGUUCAAAAACGUUGAAUGUUUUAGCACACAAAAUUAAUAAUCAGCAUAGGAACAUUGUGUGAAUACUCCAUCCAUAAAAAAAUUAUUUAAUCACUACUGUUAGAUUACAUCCAUCCGUUUAUUUUUUAUUUUUGGAGGGGGGAUUGGGGGCAUCAAGUGCUCUUUUUGUAACUGUGCUUCCUUACUUAAUAAUAUAAUUGUAGAUCUGCUCAUCUGUUUUCUUUAAAAUGAUUUUGUUUUAAAUUGUGCAAUAAAUAUUUGGGAUAUCUUUGGGGAGAGGGGGACUGACUUGAAAAUCAUGUGUCAAAAGCAAGAAUAAAGUGGCUUUUAUAAUUACAAUAAUU